GCUGUGGCUUCACUGCCUGAAGAUAUGAGACCUGGUCCUGAUCUGUAUGGUUUCCCGUGGGAAAUAGUGAUUUGUGCUGGCAUUGUUGGAGCCUUUACAAUUCUCUUGUUCCUGUAUAGAAGUUAUCAAUCAGUUAGAAGUCGACUUUAUGUAGGAAGGGAAAACCAGCUUGCCAAUAAAAUUGCUGAACUAGUUGAAGACAAGUGUAAAAUUCUUGAAAAACUCAGCCUUUGCAAAAAAGAGUUUGAAGAUUUAGAAUUGUCUCUGAAGGAUGAUAACGUUGUGAAAGAAUCAACAGACACAUCUUUUUUUGAGGAAAUGCAUGAAAAACUGAACAAGUCAAACUUGGAACUCAAGCAAGAAAUAGAGAAUCUAGAAAAAGAACUGGAAGAAGAAAAAUCUAAGCAAUCAGAAAGUGAUAACUUGGUGGCUGAAAUUCAGAAGAGUGUGGAGUCUUUAGAAAAUGAAGCAAAAUCUAUCCAGUCACAAAUUGAUGAGGCCAAGUCCACCCUAAAAGUGUAUCAGAUUAAUACAGAGAGACUUAAGACAUCCAUUCAAGAUGCAGUAGAUGAAAACUGCCAUCUCCAGGAAAGUGAGAAACAG